AUGGAGGUGGAGGAGGAGGAAUGGAGGAAAGACGCUCCGCUCCACACGAUCAUGGGGAUCCGUGUGUUCCCCAAGAGCUUCUUUGAUCGCGUAACGCAAGGGUUACGCAACGAUCUCGAGCAUGAGCGGAACAGGCGUCUCCAAAUGGCGGACACUGUCUCGAAGCAUCGAGCUGAGUUUGCCUUUGCUCAGCUUGAGAACGAGAGAGCUCUGACAUCUCUUCGUGACGAGCUAAGGGUAGCUCGUGGGAUUGUUGAUCGGUCUCGGGAUGAGAUAAAUGCUCUUUAG